GUGGCAACGCUAGCAGUGCUGUCAAGCUGUCACUGCAGCUGUCACCCUUUUCUUUCUUUUCCGGUCAGCGAACAGACCUCCGCCAACAUGAGGAAAAUUAUGAAACAGGGCAAGAUCGUAAUCGUCCUUAGUGGACGUUACGCUGGUCGUAAAGCCAUCAUCGUCAAGACCUCCGACGAUGGCACCCCGGAGAAACCCUUCGGUCAUGCGCUCGUCGCCGGCAUCGACAGAUACCCACGCAAGGUGACCAAGAAGAUGGGCAAGAACAAGCUGAAGAAGAAGUCCAAGGUCAAGCCCUUCCUCAAGAGCUUGAACUACAACCAUCUGAUGCCGACCCGCUACACCGCGCACGACAUCAGCUUCGAGAAGCUGUCGCCCAAGGAUCUCAAGGAUCCCGUCAAGCGCAAGACUCACCGUUUCCAGACCCGCGUCAAGUUCGAGUCUGUGUACAAGGAGGGCAAGAACAAGUGGUUCUUCCAGAAGCUGCGUUUCUAAACAACAACAGAAGCAGCUGCCUGUGGAGUUCUCUUGAUUUGUAUGUCGCCGUUUUUUUAAGGUUAAAUAAAAAAACAAUACUGAUAAAAAACUAUUGACGGAAA